GUUUGUUUAAUGUGGAAUACGAGGGCCAGUUACCUAUCGACAUUUUUCCAACCUGUGGUGCUGUAAAACAGGGGUCUUCUGUGAUUAUCAAAGUAGAUUUCUGUGCAGACCGAUCCGGACUUGUAAAUGAAGUGGUAAGGGUGCAAAUAUUCGACAAAGAACAGAUUUUGCUUUAA